AUGAAGUCCAAUGGCUACAAGCUUGCUGAGACACUCCUUUCCGAGCACACGGUUGUGGUCCUGCAGGAAACCAAGCUGGCCACUAAGUUUCAAACUGGUAUCUUUCGACUUCACCUCGACCAUGAAAUUGGGCGGGGCAAUUACUUCCUCGCCAUCAAUUAUCAUGGGCAAUCAGCGGUGGUGGCCGAAGCCCUCCGAAGCAGCGGGGUCAUGAUGUUCUAUCACAAAUCGAAUCCAUUCUUCAAGCGCCUGUACCACGAGUCCCACCUGGAUGUCCCAGACAAAUACAUGGUGGAUUACUUCUCUUCUCUUCCUCGCAACUUCCCCCCACAUGCCAAGCACUUUAUCAUGGGUAAUUUCAACCUUUCGAUGGACCGCCUCCUUGACUAUGAAGGCGAGGCCUCGAACUACCACGGCGGUCGAGUCGAGUGCAUUGAUUGGCUGCAAUCCCUUCGGGUCGUAGAUGCAUGGCGCAUCCACCACCCCCAUGAACGGAUGCUGGAGAUUCCCGAGGUGACUUCGGCGAUCAUAUCAGAGGCCAGGGCUCUCGUACCUAUCCUGCUACAUGCCCACAACCCCGGAGUCGUCUGGGCAGGCUGGAAGAAGCGAACCAAAGACUUCGUCGAGCACUACCACACCCAUCAUAUCGCCUACAAGGGCUUAACAGUCCAACGGGCGGAGCAGGAUUGGGCCACAGCUAUGGUGCAGGCUUCUCGUGGUGAAUUGAGAGCAGAUCAACUGAUCCUGGAACGCACCAAACCGAUUAAUCUGAAAUGGAGACAGAACCAAAACGAUGUCAGUUUCGGCUUCUACACAUCCAACUCUGAAGUAUCGACAUCGCACUUCUUCCGACGACCACAGGAGACUGUCGACAAGGUGUCCAUCGCCACUGUCACCACAGGCGAUGGUCGUGUUUCCUUUCACCCACAAGACAUCCACCAGGCCAUCCAUACGCGAUGGUCCUCCAUCAUGCGCGAGGGAGACUUCGCACCCCCAAUCGCGCCGCAAGGAGGCAGUUUUUUGCGGUGUCUGAAGACACGUCUGACGGAGGAACAACGCUCGGGAUUAGAUGAGCCCAUUACGCCAGCCGACCACACUGCUUUUCAAGGGCGGGGAACGUAG